AGGCCAUAUAACUGUAGAGCAGAACGUUUCAUAAGACUUAGCAAGGAGGUAAAUAGGUAUUAAGACUAGGCACAACCUUCUACUGGCAACCCCUCCUGCAACUGUGGACAGCGUGUCCAACUUCUUUCCUGACACUUAUUGCUAUCUGCGCAAAAUUAGUUUAAGCCUAUUUUUUCUUAUAUUCUCUGCCUAGGCAAGCCUCGCUUAGCCGAAUCGAGAUGACAUACAUUAACAGCAAGGGCAAGGUCCUUGACAAUCGGUCGCCAUGGAGUAUAGACGGUAUUAAGCACUUCUUCCUUGGCAUUUGGAUGAUUAUUGUAGCAUUUUCACAACCCCCGGCCCAAUUGCCUCCUCCUUUUGCCAGUUUCGCCACCAUGGCCUCCCGCUCGGCCCAUGAAGACUACCGGACGGCAGCCCACAAGAAGAAGGACCCACCUAGCGGCAGCGGCGGUGGUGGUGGAGGUGGUGGUGGCAAUGGCGGAGGUCGCCCACGCAUUGUGGGCCUCAGCAACCUCCAGACAGAUCCCCGAACGGGCAACAUGGGCGGCUGCCCCGGAGGUUGUUGUGGCCGUUAGAUUGGCGGCGCGGUAUGGGAAGCCCACCCAUACCAGGCGGGCAGCAUGAGAGUAGGCAGGCAUGAAGACCGUUAGUGUUCACAUUGUGUGCACAUGGAACUGCUUGUGGACCUCGGGUGCGGGAAACCAACUGGGUGGGGACGGGAGCGGGGUAAAGGAGAAUGGAAAUGAAGCGCACCUGAAGGACCGGGGGGUAGGGCAUGAGGCGGUGGAAGCAAGAGGGACCUGGAGGUCAGCGAGGGGCGUGGGCGCGGGGUUUGGGUGGAUGGGUUUGGGUAGCGGUGCUGGUGGCGCUCGGGAGGAGAAUAGGUGGGGCUGCGUUGGACUGCUGGUGUCCCGAGGAGCCAGAUGCGUGCUGUAGGGAUGUAAAUGCUGCUGCUGUAACUGCUGUACGCCACCUCGAAGAGGAGGACAGAUUGUCGUACGGCGACUGGGUGCUGGGGGGGGCCAAAGCGCUUUAAAAGCCGGUUGAAUUGGGAGGGGCCCGGCCAUGGGAGCGCGAGCUGGUGGGCGAGAGUCCGCUGGGUGGUCUCUAGGGUUUCCUGGGUGGUCUUUAGGUUACCGAAGUGAUCACGUCUCUGUAUAGAAGCCUGUAAAUAUCUGUGAUCAAUUUCAUGGUUAUGUGCGUUCUGAUGUGCACGGUCGGAGGAUUAUGUACAUGGCUGGCCAGACAGCCCAUCACCGGCUUCCGGGAGGGAAGCGGGAGUAGACAUCGUAGCACGGCCGUGAUGGAGGCGUCCGCGAGGGGAAGGGCCGGGACCUGGAAGGCAAACAUGUAUGCUAAAACACGCCUGGCCGCAAGAUUGUAACAAAUCAUGGCAAAA